AUGAUAAAGGGCGUAUUGGAUGAGCAGAAGGUGGCCAAUGCACUUGAUAGGCAGAUUGAGGCAGAACAACUCAUCAAAUACCUUGAGAGACACACAGUGAAGAGCAACAAUGAGAAUGUGAUCAAUCAGAUCAGAAUAUGGAGAAAUAAGAGAAACAGAAUCAGUAGGGAAACUGGAUACUUAUACGAUGAGUUUGAUAACUACAAUGAGUACAGGAAUUACAUUGAGAAGGCAGGCACUGAUGGAAUAAUAUACAAGAAUGACGAAGAGAGGAUGAUAUUCAGUAGAAGAAGAAUAGUCUGA